GUUCCUUUGCACGUACCAAAAACAAUGGUAGUGGCAUAUUUUAAGAUGACAGUGCAUGUUGCUUUCAGUUAAAACAGCUCAAACAUGCAUUUUAGUCUGGGACUAGUUUUAUCCCUUAAUUAUCGCUAGACAGCACGUCAAUGUUGUAACAUGUUAUUCAUAAAAAUCAGAAUAAAAAUAAUCUACUGUGUCAUUUAGUCCAUUAUCCGAACUGUUGUACAUCUAAACUACUGAUGAAAUUCUAGGCCACGUAAGGCACACGGUUAUUUUGAUAACAAUAACUUCAUAUUAGCUGUAGCAGAGCGUUUGAUUGGAUCUGUUUAGUGCAAGAUGAGUCAUCAAUAUUGAAGCUCUGUUUGUCCUAAGGUAAACUAUUUGGAGAAGACAAUCGCAUAUCCUACGUUUCCCCAGAGAGCAGGCGAGUUAUAAACCAAAAGCCAUUUAACUCUUAUUUUGAUUAAGUAUAUUUGGUAGGCUAUGUUUAAAUCCGAACUAUCUUUUUUAUUCAGAUUCUUUUACACCUUCGAGUUUACUAUAUCUUAGCCUAUGACUGAUCUGUCACUGAAAUUCUUUAUAAUUGAUUGUACUUUCGGGAAAAUUAAUUGCAAAAAGGAUUCGGGAUUUUAUAACGCACUGCUCGCAGUGCAAUGACUGAAAGUUCAGUGGCGCUGCGGCUCAGCUUUAGGACCUGGGGAGGCAGAGCGCAGUGACAGCGCGUGGACAGAUCUGCUUUACCGCACACGCACCGCAUCAGCUGCGCGUGAGAGCGCGGCAAAAAGACACUAUCCACCGGUACACUCCGGUGCUCGACUCGCUCUUUUUCCCUGUGAGGCUGAACUGCCAUAAACUAAAGCUCACCUUGUUUCCCACGGCAUCUAAAUACAUCCCAGCCGCUGAGCAUCCUUUGGAAAGUUACGCACGGCUCAUUGGAGAGAUGGAAGAGUAGUUGCACUUCUGUUCUUGGAAUUAUCAAGCACCGUCUGUGAUCAGGAAAGUGGAUUAAUCUCGGAGACGACCAGGGAUGCCAUCUCUGUAAGAAUCAUGCAGGUCACAUGGUCAGGCACCACAGUCCUCAUCAUUUUCACCUCGCUGCAGUUUGUCCAGUCGGAGCUGUUGGAGGGUCCCGUGGUUCCAGACACGGGGACUCAGGAGGGGACUAGCAAUAGGGCCACAGAAGCCCCCACUGCAGAACAUGAUGAUGACAACUCUCUGGGCUACACAGGAUCCCGUCUGCGUCAGGAAGACUUCGCACCCCGCAUUGUGGAACACCCCUCCGAUCUGAUCGUAUCCAAAGGUGAACCCGCCACCCUAAACUGCAAGGCUGAUGGAAAGCCCAACCCGACCGUGGAGUGGUACAAGGAUGGAGAGCGUGUGGAAACGGACCGGGACAACCCUCGAUCCCACCGUAUGCUCCUGCCGAGCGGUUCCCUAUUCUUUCUGCGUAUCGUACACGGGCGUCGCAGCAAACCCGACGAAGGCUCCUACGUUUGCGUGGCCCGUAACUACCUGGGAGAAGCGGUCAGCCACAACGCCUCACUGGAAGUAGCUAUUCUUCGAGAUGAUUUCCGUCAGAACCCCGUGGACGUGAUGGUGGCGGCGGGCGAGCCAGCGGUCAUGGAGUGCCAGCCGCCCCGUGGACACCCAGAACCCACCAUCUCCUGGAAGAAAGAUGGAGUCACCAUCGACGACAGAGAUGAGCGGAUAACGAUACGAGGAGGAAAACUGAUGAUUACCAACACCCGCAAAACGGAUGCAGGGAAGUACGUGUGCGUGGGAACCAACAUGAUGGGGGAACGAGAGAGUGAGAUCGCAGAGUUGACUGUUCUUGAGAGGCCCAGCUUCUUGCGAAAGCCGAGCAGUCAGUCUGUUCUGGUGGACCAGAGUGUUGAGUUCAGGUGUGAAGCUCAAGGAGACCCCGUGCCCACCAUCCGCUGGAGAAAAGAGGACGGAGAUCUACCCAAGGGACGGCAUGAGAUCUGGGAGGACCACACUCUCAAGCUGAAGAGGCUGACUUCAGGAGACGCCGGUACUUACACCUGUCAGGCGGAGAACAUGAUGGGGAAGACGGAGGCCAGCGCCACCCUCACCGUCCACGUUAUGUCUGUUCCUCCUGUGUUUGUGGUGCGACCCAGGAAUCAAGUAGCCGGGAUGGGCCGCACCGUGACCUUUCAGUGCGAAGCCACAGGAAGUCCUCAACCUGCUAUAUUUUGGCAGAAAGAAGGCAGUCAGAACCUCCUGUUCUCCUCUCAACCUCCUCCUCCGUCCAGUCGUUUCUCUGUCUCUCAGACGGGCGAUCUGACCAUCACGGCGGUGGAGCGUUCGGACGGAGGCUACUACAGCUGUCAGGCUCUGAACAUCGCCGGCAGUGUGAUCACCAAAGCCCUGCUGGAGGUUACAGACGUGAUCUCAGACAGACCUCCACCGAUCGUGCGCCAGGGUCCCACCAACCAGACCGUGGCUGUGGACGGGACGGUAGUCCUGGGGUGCCAAGCCACCGGCACGCCGUCUCCCACCAUCCUGUGGAGGAAAGACGGGGUCCUGGUGUCCACCCAUGAUUCUCGACUCAAACAACUCGACACGGGAGCCCUGCAGAUCCGUUACGCUAAGCUGGGAGACACUGGCACGUACACCUGCACCGCGUCCACCCCCAGCGGAGAGGCAUCGUGGAAGGCUUACCUGGAGGUGCAAGAGUUCGGCUCUCCGGUUCAGCCCGGCCGACCCACAGAUCCGAACCUCAUCCCCAGCGCCCCUUCCAAACCGGAGGUCACAGACGUCAGCCGCACCUCAGUGUCUCUGUCCUGGAAGCCCAACCUGAACACUGGAGCCACGCCCACCUCUUAUGUGAUAGAGGCCUUCAGCCAUGCGGCGGGCAGCAGCUGGCAGACGCUCGCGGAUCACGUGAAGACCGAGAGCUUCGUCCUGAAGAAUCUGAAGCCCAGCGCCGUCUACCUGUUCCUGGUCAGAGCCGCCAAUGCGUACGGCCUGAGCGACCCCAGCCCCAUCAGCGACGCUGUCAAAACACAAGACGUCCCACCAACCAGUCAGGGAGUGGAGCAUGGCCAGAUCCAGAGGGAACUAGGAGAUGUUGUCAUUCACCUCCACAAUCCCACAAUUCUCUCAUCGUCCUCCGUCAGAGUCCAGUGGACUGUGGAGCAGCAGUCUCAGUACAUCCAGGGCUAUAAGGUGAUGUACCGGCCAUCCCCGGAGGGCGCUCAGCAGCGUGUGGAGUGGGGCAUGUUUGAGGUUCGAACCCUGGGGGAACACAGCGCAGUCGUCACCCAGCUCAAGAAGGGCGUGACCUAUGAGUUCAAAGUUCGACCUUUCUUCAACGAGUUCCAAGGCACCGACAGCGACAUCAAAGUGGGCAAGACCCUCGAGGAAGCGCCCAGUGCCGCUCCCCGGGGGGUCACUGUAACAGGAAGCGGAGACAACGGCACAGCGAUCCUGGUAUCCUGGCAACCGCCCCCAGAGGAGGAGCAGAACGGCCUGGUGCAGGAGUAUAAGAUCUGGUGUCUUGGUAACGAAAGCCGAUACCACAUCAACCGCACAGUGGACGGUUCUACACACUCGCUUCUGAUUCCCGGCCUGGUCGCAGGCGUCACGUACAGGGUAGAGGUGGCAGCCGGCACCGGGGCCGGUCCCGGGGUCAAGAGCGAGGCCACGUCCUUCCAGCUGGGUGAGUCGGAUUUAUGUUGUUCUGAUUGAAUACGGCCCUUUGUAAAACCCGGCUGUGUUAUUAUGACUGGAAAGGUUGAUGAUAAUGGACUGAGCCUUCCCAUUAAAAAAAAAAAUGCACAGUGAAUGGCACGGUUGUAACUUGCCUUGUGGUUAGCCUCCAAAAUGUAUGUAAUUUACAAAAAAAGAGUUCUCAUCGGAGAAUAAAGGAGACACAAGGUGCAUUUUAAAGCCUUUAAUUGCUUUAAAAGUUUGUUUCUUCAUAAACUCACCCGCUUUAACUUGUUCAGCCUCAAGACAUCGGUGACAACGGUUAAACCGUUCUGAAUGGAAAUGAUUGUGGCACAGCCUGGUUUUUUGCCAGUGCAUACAGGUGGAUAAUAGGCCAUCCGGUUAUGCAAAUCUGAUUUUAAUAAAACGUCAAUCACAGUGCCGUCAGAGACUAUUUUAUAGUCAGACGUCUGACAGAAAGAGAUUAAAUAGUAUUCUGAAACCGUGAUGGAUGCACAUAGAGAGACACGUCCAUUAAAGUACACAAAGGAAAACAGUUGAUCACUUUUCGAACUUACAGUAAAUGUUCUCAAUUGUAGAAUGAGCUGGUUUUUACGGAAACCCUGAACCGCAACG